AACCACCAGAGGAAAAGGGAGGGUCACGAGCAAUACCUGGCCUCAGACCACUGCAGCCUCCUCUCGGCACCAUGAACCACUCUUCCCAAAGUGUCUUCACUCGAACCCACACAGGGCUCCCCCCGAACUAUGAGCAGCUCAAGGAAGAGCACGAAGUGGCCGUGCUGGGUUCGCCCCCCAACCCUGCUCCCACCGUGAUCCACAUCCAUGGUGAGACCGCUGUGCCCGACCACGUCGUCUGGUCCCUGUUCAACACGCUCUUCAUGAACUGCUUCUGCCUGGGCUUCAUAGCGUUCGCCUACUCCGUGAAGUCUAGGGACAGGAAGAUGGUGGGCGACCUGGCUGGGGCCAAGACCUAUGCCUCCACUGCCAAGUGCCUGAACAUCUGGGCCCUGGUCCUCAGCCUCCUUGGGACUAUUAUGCUCAUCAUCAUCCCGGUGAUCGUCAUCCAGUCGCGUGGAUAGAGUGGAAUCCCUGUCAAGGCUGCCAGUGACUGCCCAUCACCCCAUGCUCUCUGCUCUGUGCCAGCCCUCCCUGGACCCCACCCUUCAUGCAGCUGUUUAUACUCACACACCUAUCCACAAAGGGCUUCAAUAAAGUGCACACACUCCUGA